AUGGGGAGGUUGCAGAGUCCAACAGGACAGCUGACGGAGCGAGACUCUGUGGGCGAGGAGGAGAUGGGGAGAGGCAGUCGGAUCCAGGCUGAGACCAUCCUGGAGGGUCUUGAGGCUGGCUUACCCCAGGCUGUGAGUAGUGGGCUCAGCCUAGUCCUGGCUCCUGGAUUAGUGCUCACCUGCCCCUCUGCCCACUCAGGGCCUGAAGGAACGGCCUCAGAGGCCCCACCAACCAGGCUCAGGAAGGCAUUCCUAGCUCACAGUACCCUCCUGGAGUCUUGAGCCCCUAGAGAAGGGGCUCCUGAGUGGGCCGCGCCACACCCCGAGGAGCAGAGGCGCAGUCCUUCCGCGUGCUCCCAGCACACUCCACCCCUGCCCAGCAUACCCUUGGGGCCCCCACCUCGCCCACCUGGGGAGAACCACCCACUCUGCCCCCACUCAGGGAGAGUUGGUGGCCACUGCUCUAUCCCUCCCUCCCUCCCUUCCUCUUCUACCUUCUCUCUCUUCUCAUCUGGGCGCUGGAACCCAAGCGUGAAAGUGAGAGUCAGAAAGUCUCAGUCUCAAGGCAGAGCGGGGUAGCUAAUUUAA